AUGGCCAAACCAUGGUUUAAAAGAUAUAAUUCAAAAAAUAAAACGAAGAUGUACAAUGGAAAUAAUCCUAGCAAUGUUUUUAAUUUAGAAAAUCAUGGAUAUACUGGUUUUAGAUUGUAUUUUCCAGACGAUAAUGAUGCAGACUUAGAUUCAAUAAAAUCACAUUUAACAAUAUUUAAAAAUUUCUUUGAACAAAAUCAAUCAUUUUAUUCAAUAGAAAAUAUUACAAAAGAUAGAUAUUUUGUGUUGGAUUUCAAAUUAAUAUCAGAGGAUGAUGGAAUAAUCAUCCAGUGGCCAAAUUUUAAGACUGAACUAUUGGAAAACACCAAAUAUUGCCUGAAAUGUAUGGGUUUGGCUAUGCACGAUUUGAUUUCUAAACAAUAUGACAAUCAAAAUGAAAAUUUAUUGCAAUUUGAUGUGGUGCUUGUUAGAAUUGGUAAUGUUGAGCCUAUGAUGCAGUUAAGAGAUCUUAGAGUUAAUCUUUUUGGUAAAUUAGUAACGAUUCGAGGUACAGUAAUAAAAGCAAGCCAUGAGAAACUGGUUAGUCAAUACUUGACAUUUGCAUGUGGUACUUGUUCUGGUACACAAAUAAUAGAACAAACAGAUGGACUCUAUACCCUUCCAACUAAAUGUCAAACUCAUGAUUGCAAAUCAAGAUCGAAUUUUAGUGUAGUUCAUGACUCUCCUUUUAAUAGAGUCGUAAGUUGGCAGUCAAUAAAAAUUCAGGAAGUACUUUGGACAGAUCAGCAAGAAAAUGCAAGAACUCCUCGUACACUGGACUGUGAAUUAACAGAAGAUUUAGUCAAGACUUGUUUACCGGGUGAUGAUGUAACUAUUACGGGAAUCAUUAAAGUGAGGGAUUUAAACAGCAACAACAACAAAAAUAAACAAAAUGCGAUAUUUAACUUAUAUCUAGAAACGGUAUCAAUUUUCAAUAAUAAAAAUCAGAAUAAAGGAGAUUCAUUGUCUAAAGAUGGUAUUACUUUUAACCAAAAUGACUAUUUUGACAUUCAUAAAAUCCAUGGAACGCCAAAUACCUUUAGCGUACUAGUUAAUUCAUUAUGUCCAAGUAUUUAUGGUCAUGAAAUAGUCAAAGCUGGCUUGCUGUUGGCACUUUUAGGUGGCACAAAAUCAGAAACUUUCAGAGCAGAGUCUCAUGUACUUAUGGUUGGUGAUCCGGGCUUGGGAAAAAGUCAAAUGUUGCAAGCUUGCGCUAGUGUAGCACCUAGAGGUAUAUACGUUUGUGGCAAUACAAGCACUACGUCUGGACUAACGGUAACAAUGACCAGAGAUGGUGGAGAAUACUCUUUAGAGGCUGGUGCUUUAAUGUUAGCUGAUCAAGGUUGCUGUUGCAUAGACGAAUUUGAUAAAAUGCCCAGUCAACAUGCUUGCCUUUUGGAAGCCAUGGAACAACAGAGUAUCAGUAUAGCCAAAGCCGGAAUUGUUUGUUCACUUCCAACUAGAGCUACAAUUUUAGCUGCUGCGAAUCCAGCAGGUGGUCAUUACAAUAAAGCAAAAACUGUAGCGGAAAAUUUAAAAAUGAGUUCGCCGAUGCUUUCAAGAUUUGAUUUGAUUUUUAUACUUUUGGAUCAAGCUAAUGAGGAAGUAGACUUAUUACUGUCUAAGCAUGUCUUAGGAAUACAUUCAAUAAAUAGCCAAAAAAGUAAAGUUUUUGAUACUUCUUCAGUCAUUCAAAAUGUUUCCUUAGAUCAAACAUUAAGCGAACGUUUAAAAUUAGACACAUCUCAGACAAAUCUAGUUCCCCACAAUUUAUUCAGAAAAUAUAUUGCAUACGCUCAAAAAUAUGUAAAACCAACCCUUUCUGAAGAAGCCAAAGAUCUCAUAAAACAAUUCUAUUUUAUUUUACGUAAGCAAUUUCAAACUGGUGACUGUACUCCAGUAACAACUCGCCAAGCUAAUUCUUUAAUCAGACUAACUCAGGCUAGAGCAAAGGCUGAAUUAAGAGAAGUAGCGACAAAACAAGAUGCAGCAGACGUUAUAGACAUAAUGAAAAUGAGUUUGAAGGAUAUUUUUACUGAUGACAGUGGUAUUUUGGAUAAAACUAGAUCCCAAAAUGGAACUGGGACAAGCACUAAAAGUCAAAUAACCAAACUGCUAAGGCUGCUCCAAAGAAUAUCAGAAAUAGAAACGAAGUCAAUGUUUUCUGUUAACGAACUAAGACAAAUUAGUGAACAAGCAGGAAUAGCCAAAGAUAAAUUUUUCACCGUUCUUGAAAACAUCAAUUUGCAAGGAUUUCUAUUGAAUAAAGGACAAGGAAAGUAUCAAUUGGUAACCGCCUCUAUAUGA